CAGUUGCAGGCUAGUGGAAGUCUCUCCUUCUUUGCUCGUCAGUUGCCGCAGGAGAAGGAGCAGCCGGCGCCGCCCAGCUGCGAGCCCGGGAACUGCAGACAGAUUCUGGUUAUGAAGGAAGGAAUUUAUCCAGCCUGAGGUGGCUCUGAGGUUUCCCUCCUGUAUUGACUUCUUGAAGUUCUGUUGGAAUCUCCUGUGGCUCGGCCUCCGCGUUGGCGAACUUCUCAGGUGCACAGCUGCCGGGAAAUCCUUCGUAGGGUCACCUCCCGCCAGCAGAAUCAACUUACCUCUAGCAGCCGACAAAGAUGUCCACCACCAAAGUGCCCAUCUACCUGAAAAGAGGAAGCAGAAGGGGCAAGAAGGAGAAACUGCGAGACAUCCUCUCUUCAGACAUGAUCAGCCCACCGCUAGGGGACUUCCGGCACACGAUUCAUAUCGGCAGCGGUGGGGAGAAUGACAUGUUUGGUGACAUCUCCUUUCUCCAAGGGAAGUUCCACCUCCUGCCCAGGACAGAGGGCAACGUGAGUCCAGGCGGCACCAGCCAGUACAUGGUGCCCUUCGAGUUCUCGAGGACCGCUACCAUCUCGGGUUACGAGCCGCCGCCUACGGACAUCCCCUCCCCUCUCCUCAAAAACGCCAUCUCCCUGCCGGUCAUCGGUGGCUUGCAAGCGCUGACCCUGCCUUCUGCUCAAGCCCCACCCAAACCGCCACGCCUGCACCUCGAUGACAAAGUCCAAGCCGCUCCCCAGACGAAUGACCCUGUGCUGAGUCCUCCCUGCGCUGUGUCUGCUAGGACUUCGGAACCCCUUGGCACUGCCAACGGCAAGUGCCCGGCCUCUGUGAAUGGGUUCUCGGGGGAGGAGAACAAAGACAAGGCUUUCAUGUCCCACGCAGGCUCCCUUCUCUCCCUUCACGUGGACUUAGGGCCGUCGAUUUUGGAUGACGUCCUGCAGGUGAUGGAGAAGCACCAAACGGCAGAUGUGGGUGCUCCGUUGCAGGAUUCCGGCAGACAGGAGAUCCUGACGUAAUGAGAAAGGCGGCCGGCGGAGGGGGACCUGUGACUUUGAAAGCGCAGCCUUUUUGUACAUAAGAGAGUGUUUUGCUGUUAAAUUGGGUGACUGGAGGUGAUGCGUGUGCAGGCGUGGAUGUGCACACACACCUGUGUGAGAUCCUUCCGUGCACCUUCACUAGUACUAUAAUUCCUCCCAGCUUUCAAAGAGCACCUUGCAGAAUGCAGGCUUUCUUUCUUACAACGCAGCACUCCGUUUUGACAAAAGCUGAGAUGGGUCCCUGUCUUGUGUGCUCUCGGGAGGCUCUACACACACGAACACACCCUGCUACUGAAACUUGUAUUGGAAGCAAAGCAAUAAAUUAAUAAGCAUCUGUUAAA